CAGUUUUCUUUGGAGGAUGAAGAACGUUUCCUUUCAACUUUUGUUAUUGGUUUCUCUUCUUGUUCUUGUCUUUCGACAUGAUCUUGUGGAAGGUAGGACAAUGCAUACAAAUAGAGGCAGUGGGGAUUAUCACGAUCAUCCUUGCAAUCCAAGCGAUCCAAAGUGCGACAAACCUUGUAAUCCAGAGAAUCCAAAUUGCAGAAUGAAACAAGGUGUCAUUGAGCCAAAUAGAGGCAAUGGGUAUCUGCACGAUGAUCCUCCUUGCAAUCCAAAUGAUCCAAAGUGCGACAAACCUUGUGAUCCAGAGAAUCCAAAUUGCUGAAAGAAAUAAGGCGUUGAUGGGACAAGAAGCAGAAAUGGUAGCUAUGGGAAUUUAAAUGAUAAGAUAUGUGAAUGCCUUAUAAAACGUAUUUAAUGAAUAAAACGUGUUUUCUCCAAAUAUUUUGAUCAAUAUGAUCUAUAUAUAUAGCCAGAAAAUUCUGGUGUAUAUGCAAUGCCCCAGAAAAGCAUAACUAUUAAUGAAUAAAACGUGUUUGUUAUAUUGUUCAAGACAAAGAGAUGUCAUGUUUG